UCCCCGUUCGCCGUGCUGGCGCGGAAUUUGGAAAAAAUCCUGAAAAAAAAGCGAUUAAACGACAUGGCAGAAAAUUACCCAAGAACCAAACUUAGACGAGACAAGUCUUCUGUCGACGAGCCGCAGUCAACACCGAAGGGCGGCCACACGACACCGUUUUCCGGUAACAGUGCAGAAAAGCGUGCUGGGUCAGCGGUUCCUGCAGCAGCCUGGUGGAACACACAGCCGCUGCCUGCUGUGGAGAGCCUGUGGGCGUUCACACUGAAGUCUGCUCUGCCGUACCUGGAAAACCAACACUGGGACCUGGUUUCUGAUCUGCCACAUCUAUCUGCAGUGAGACCCACAGCUAUGAAGGUGGAUAAACCACAGUGGUGUGACCUUAACAGUGAGGUUGCCGUCUUCCCUGAGUCCUCUGCACAUUCUCCAAGGAUUUCAUCGAGCCCACAUUCUCUCAGCUUCAGCCCCUAUCAGCAAGACCUCUCAGAACAGAUGAAACCUGUACCACAUCCACUUGAUAAACUGCUGUUCUCUCCCAGCUGGCAGAGUCCUAAUUGCAAGACAGUGUCUCCUCAACACUCGGGCAAAAGACAGCAGUUGUCCCUUCGCAGGCAGGAUGAAACUGCAUCAUCAGCAGGACCCUCAAACGCUGGUGGUGAAGAGGGGACGGCAGGAGGAGAACUGGAAGAAGAGACUGGACCAGUCAGCAGGCAGCUUUUUGUUAACAGGGUGAAGAUGUCUGACAGCCAAGUUAGUCUGCAGAAGGAGGGUGAAAAUAAAGAGGCAGUGAUGGAGGAAGAGGAUGAAGAGGAAGAGGAGGUGCAGAGGAGUGUAGAAGUCGGAAUAGGAAGACUGCAGAGCUGCCCCAUGUGCCUGCAGCUGUUCCCUGCUGGGUUCACCCAGAUGGACUGUGACGGCCACCUGGCCCAGUGUCUGUCGGAGAUGAAUGUGGACAUGACCUGGUGAGUCGACGGGACGCUGGCUGCUGUCCAGGAGCUACGAGCAGCCCAGAUGCCCCACAUACUCCAGGAUCAUAUCAGAUGGACCAAGACACACCCUGAGAGCAACUCAUGCAAAUAACUCCCACUGUCCAUGACACUUUACACUGACUGUACUCUGAGAGAGGGAGCCCACAGGUUCAAGGUGAGGAGACAAGGAUGUUUACCUGUUUUGUGAAAAGUCAUGGAAGAUGGGAUAGUAUUGAGAAUUUUGCACUGGGGCUACUUUGUCACCAACACUUUUCUGUGAUGUCUCAAUUACUCUCUUAAUUUCCAGACUUAAGAGCCCAGAUUUCUACUGUAACCACAGCUUGUCCACAUGGCCUAUGAUGCAUUUGAUUUCUGCUGGUCAAAAGGCUCUUCAGACAAAAAGACCAUCCAGCCCGCCUCGUGCUCUGGGAGAUAAAACCGGGAAUGGAAGCGGGCCGCAUCUUCCAAACUAAGCUGCUUACACAAAACCAUAGACUGGUCUGAAGAGAGAGUUUUUCACUGUGUGACUAGACAGCUGUGGAGAGGUGGGACGGGAGUAAGGCAUUGUUGUUACUAAAUAAUGUGUGGUUAGUAUCUCCCUGGAGAAGAGUCUGAAAAUGUGAACCAACCCUUAUGUCAGCUAUCUUUUCCAGCGUGGUCAUUCAGAACCAACGUUGUCAGACAGCGUGUCUUAAAAUGAGAGAUUCUCAUGGAAAUAUUUCAGAUAUUUUUUCUAACAUUACCUUGUUUUUCUCUUUUUUGUUUGUUGCCGAAUUCUCCUGGUCAACUGCUGUUUAUUCGCUGUUUCUAGUUCGUACAAGGGUUCAGCAAAAAGUUUUGAGACUGUUCACUGCACUUGCAACACGUGUAAACAAUACCUGUCAUGAGUCAGGAUGUCGUGUGAAAGUAUUGCUAUCAACACUGCAACCCGUUGUAUGUUUUUGUGACCACUGCUGUGUGCACACUUGGGAUUUCUCAAUUGACGUGAACUGGAGCAGAAAAGAAAACCUCACAUUCUGUUUCAGUCAGCAGCUGGGAUGAUCCAACCUUCAUGUUGACGACUUACCAGCGAUGAGAGAUGGGUUUGCAGAUACCAUUGAGAGAAGAAACCAGUUUUGACAGUGGAGCCACAGACUGGAGAGGGAGUUUCAUGUCAGGUGCACCAAGAUGCCAGCUUGUUCUUUUUUCCAAGAUUCACACGUUGUGCACCAGGAAUUAAUCCCCCAGCUGUCAAGGCAGAGUUCUAUUGAACAUCCUGAGGUGUCUGAGGGAUUCAACAUGCAGUGCAAAUGACCGGAACUGUAGUGUGAUUACUUGCGAGUGAGAGUUCCAGUGUGUUGAGUGCCUGGUCACAGUGCAGUGGUAAUGCUUAGCUUUGUGUGUGUGCUAAGCUAUGCUAUGCUAUGUCCAGAAUCCAGCUCUGUAAUAAGUUUUGAUUGAUAAUGACCUUAUCUAAAAUGUAUUUAAAAAAAUACAUCUUUGUUCAUCUGGUAAACUUCUGGCAUUCUGAUUGUUGGUUCUAAAUCACUUCCAUGUCAAUGAAAACAGCCUCUGAUCAUGUUUAGCUGGUGGCAGUUUUCCUCUUGUAAAAACAUUAAAGUUAUUGAACCAUCAGGGUCGCAAAGA